AUGUCUUUCCUCGCACGUACUAUUUCUCGCCUCUUUGGGGCCUCAGCUGCCAGCACCACCUCCAUCUCGACUCCCAUCACGACUCCCGCGACCCCCACCACGACCCCCGCUACUUGGCCCACCCUCGCCUCGAGCUGUUUCGAUGAAGACUUCUUCACCUUUGCGCACGACCAACACCAGACGAAGACCAUCACCACCCUCGAAGACGAAGUAGAUCUCGGUAUGUCGUUUGUGCUCCUUUCCGACCACUUCGAGAAGCUCGCCUCUUUCGACAACGACGAGGUCCGCCAGAUGGGCGACUUCGCCAGCCUCGCCUAUCUCGACCGCCAGGCCAACGUCGAUGCUGGCGCCACCACCUACGACGUGACCGCCUUUGCCACCGCGAUCUCGUCGGGCUACGUGAGGACCCAGGGCCGCGACGUGGUCCUCACCUACAAGGGCACCGACACAGCCACCGACUUCAUGACCGACUUCAACGCCUGGCCCGUGUACAACAAGGAACUCCUGCCCGAGGGGUUCAUCCAUCGCGGGUUCCUUCUCGCCUUCCAGAGCUCGUGGCCCCAGGUUGAGGCCGCCCUCAACCGCCACGCCGCGAGCCAAGGCCUUGGCGUAGCCGAGCUCAACUUCACCGUGUGCGGCCACAGCCUCGGCGCGGCGCAGGCCACCCUGGCCGCGCUUCAGCUGGCCCACCUCGUGGCCUCGGUCGAGCAGGUUCGGCUCCUCACGUUCGGCUCGCCGCGCGUGUUCUCGUGGGCGGGGGCCGCCUACUUUGAGCGCCUUGGCCUGGGAGCGCGCACGCUUCGUGUGGCCGAGAAUGGAGCCGACCCGGUGACGAUGGUCAAUCUCGGAAGCCUUGGUUUCAAGCACGUCGGGUUGAAUCUGCGCGUCGAGAAGCCCGCCGCAGCCUGGCCCCAUCUUAUGGAGGGUUACAUGGCUGGCUUCUUGGCCCUCACGACUUCGACCUUUGUGCCGUCCUUCCCCCUGGGCUCCCGUCGCGCCCUCCUCCGCCUUCUCCGACUCCAUUAA